GUUCAUUUUUCCCGCAAAUCCUCGGAGAUUAAAAUAUGGGAAAGGUUGUCCGGGACUUCAGUUCUUUUUUAGAAGAAUUUCAAGUCAUCUUUCGGACUUCAUUAAAGAAGAAAACACUUUUUCGUCUGAGCGGACAAGUAAACGUUUAUUUCCAUGCAUCAAUUCAUUGCAUAAUUUAAGGACGAGAAGCCUAACGUUACACAUCGAAGAACCGGAUACCAUCCAUUAAAUUGACCAGAUGUCGAGGUUAGCGGAAAUCCUAAAUUGCCAUCCCACACUAUAACUAAAAAACGCCGUGCAUCAUCUGUUUGUGUCCGAUAGACGCUUCAGAUUGUUGAACUCACAAGCUCGUUGACGACAUUGGUACUGUGCUUGUUGCUAUACAUUUGCUGAGAUUUCACGGGAUUAUAUGUUGAAUUAAAAUCUCCGACUAUAUGCCGUGUUCUGUGGAUUACUGAGAGAGAGUCACGCGUGGGAAUCGAGACACCUGAUACCUGUAACUUUUCACUCUCGAAAGCUCUUCAUUGCGCUUUUGGUAGCUUGUUGACACGGUGUUUUUAAAUUAAACUCUUAACUGGUUUGAUAUAAUGGACAUGAUAGCUGUAGAUAAAGUUCACCAGCAUCACAGUCUGACAGAUUCUCGCUGGGAAUUCGUCUCUGGACUGUAGACGUCGGUCGGGAGAUAUUUUGGAGGAGCGCUGUUGUUUAUCAUCACAAACGGGAUUUAUUCGUGGAAACUACGAUGUCCGUUAUACGCUCUUGGUUGGAAACUCUGUUGCUGUAUAUGUUCAUUUCAGAUGUUGCUGGUAAAGUUUCCCCUACCAGUUCAGAUGCCAUCUUCAGUGUCCCGGUUACUAGUACCACCUCCAGCCCACCAGAAGUUUACCUCCCUGCCAACUUUAAGCUCUCCAACACACAGUUGGCCUUCUUUCUCCAAGAAACACGAGUUCCACCAUAUGGCAGCCAACGUGGACACCCUCUUCAGCGUUCAGAAAGCUUUGUGGUCUUUCAGACCAAGGAGCUGCCUUCAAUCAACAUCUCACUUGGACCUUUCACCCAAGACCAGAUACUGUCCAAGGACCUACUGCAGCCGUCAAGUCCUUUGGACAUUCCUGGACGGGUGACAGUCAACUGGAAGGUCCGGGCCUUUAUUGUACAAACUAGAGUUUUUGCUAGUAACCCAUUGGUUCAGGUGCUGUUCUAUAUAGCAGGACGGGACUGGGAUGACUUCAAGAUUCAGGAUAAGCUUCCAUGUGUGAGGCUGCAUGCUUUUAGAGAUGUUCGGGAGAUCAAAACUUCCUGCAGGCUUCAAGGGAAUCUGGCGCAGUGCUUGGCCCAACUGGAUCUCCCUUCCACAUGGUUUAAUGUUAAUGUAGCACCACUGGGUCGCAGAAAGUUCUCGGGGACAGAUGGGCUUGAAUUAAGUGGAGAGACCCUUCAGGUAGAGCUUUACUAUACCCUCCAUGAUCCAGAUAGCAAUGAUGAAUGUGGGGAAAGCUACCCACGCCAAGGAGGGGCAUCCAGAGGGGAGAGCUCAUCCCAACAACCCCUUCUCCGUAUUGGGAGCAUCAGUUUGUACCAGCCCAGUCAGGAACAACUAGUCGUAGACAAACAGCUUGACAAGAACCUCUUUUUGAGGCUACCAGAGAGGCCAUUAAAGCCAGGAGAGACCCUCAACAUCUACCUGCUUCUGGUCCCAAAUUCUACUGUGGAGCAGUUUACACUCAAGGUUAAAGCAAAGAAAGGGGUGAACCUUCUUAGUACUAAGUCGAGGAGUAACCAGUGGAAGGUUGAAUGGGAUGUGCAGUCUGGAGCCAAACACUCCAUUGCAACCGUGGAAGCCAGUAAGAUCAAAGGAGUGCCUGGGGACAUGGCUGCCAGUAUCGAAAUUAUGCAGCUAGACUUUGAGAUGGAGAACUUCACCAGCCAAUCAGUCACCAGAAGAAUCAACUGGAAUAUUGAUUACCGGGGCCAGAAUCCAGCCUCGGAUGCAGAGAAGGUGGUCACAGAGCUGACGGUUGUGCAGAAGGACAUUCAAGCCAUCAUUCCACUUUCAAUGGACACUGAGAUUAUCAACACGGCAGUUCUUACUGGCCGAACUGUGGCCAUCCCUGUCAAGGUGGUUUCCAUAGAACUGAAUGGAGCAGUCACUGAUGUGUCAUCCUUCGUGCAGUGCAGGUCAUUCAGUGAGGACAUUGUCAAGGUGUCCAUGAACUGUGACUAUGUGUUUGUGAAUGGAAAAGAGACGCGUGGCUCCAUGAACGCUCGAGUCAUUUUCAGCUACGAGCACCUGAGUGCCCCUCUUGAGCUCACAGUCUGGGUGCCCAAACUGCCCCUUAAAGUGGAGCUCUCAGACAACAAACUGAGCUUCAUCAAGGGCUGGAGGGUACCCAUCCUACCUGACCGCAGAACGGCCAGAGACAGCGAUGACGAUGAUGAUGAUGACCGUAAAGUGAGCCGGGGAUGUACCCUGCAGUACCAGAGAGCUCAGGUUAAGGUUCUGACCCAGUUCCACACAACCUCUACUGAAGGCACAAACCAGAUGAUCACUAUGCUGGGUCCUGACUGGCAAGUGGAUGUGACAGAGCUGGUACAAGACUCUCUGAAGGUGGUGGACGCCAGGGUGGCUGAGUUGGUGGACAGGACUGUGCUAGUGGCCAACGAGCUUGGAUCAUCCACUCUGAAGGUUGAAUCCCCACUGGCAGUGGAGGCAGUACUGGGUGAAACACAGUUCUCUGUGGUAGACGAGAAAGUGUCUAUAGUGGAGUUACGUGUCCAUGCCAUUUCGGGACUGGCACUUAAUCUUCAACCAAGCCCUGGCAACAGCCAUACUAUGGUUGCCAAGGCAACUGGUGUUCAGACUCUCUCCACUCUUAAGCAGGAGGCCAGUUUGUCCAUCUGGGUUUACUACAGUGACAAUACCACCACCCCCCUAAGUAUGUACGACCCUAAAGACUACAACCUCAAUGCCACCACAGCAGACGAUAAGGUAGUUACGGUGGCUCAUCAGCCCCAGCAACGGUGGCCAGUCAUCGUGGCCGAAGGUGAGGGCUCAGGAGAAGUAGUGCAUGUGGAGAUGACCAUCUGUGAAACCUGCCAGAAGACUAAACGCAAGAGUGUCAUUGCUUUGUCUCCCGUGUUCAUCAAAGUCCGCUUUGGAUUGGAUGAAGACUCUGAGGAGGAAGUGGAUACAGAAACUGAAAUAGACACUCGAAUGCCUGCCAACACAAGAAGGCCUGCUAUCGAUUCCAACGUAGGUGGUGGAGGGUAUGAGCCGUCUAACGAGCAGCCUGCAAGUGUGCCCAUUGAUUACACCAACUUUCCUACAAUAAGCAAUCCGGAAGAACCAACCGAGGAAGACGAGGAGGACGACGAGUUUGUGCACAGUCCCCGUAGCAUGACUGACCUGGAGAUCGGCAUGUAUGCUCUUCUUGGGGUGUUUUGUCUUGCCAUACUGGUCUUUCUUAUAAACUGUAUUGUAUUUGUGUUGAAGUAUCGCCAUAAGCGCAUCCCUCCUGAAGGCCAAGCCAACAUGGACCAUUCCCACCACUGGGUGUUCUUGGGUAACGGGGAACCCCUCCGAACUCAGAGUGAUCUCUCGCCUCAGACAGUGGAAAGCCCCAGCAACACCUUGGAGGGGGUACAGACUUGCUGUCAUGGGGACCACCACAGCAGCGGCAGCUCCCAGACAAGCGUACAAAGCCAAGUCCACGGCCGAGGAGAUGGCAGCUCUGGAGGUUCAACCAAAGACCACGGAGAAGACGCCAGCUCUCCGACCUCCAAACGCAAGCGUGUCAAGUUUACCACCUUUACUCUUCCCAAAGAGGAUUUACCCUACAACUCCAUCCCCAUUGCCAAUGAAGAGGACAUUCAGUGGGUAUGCCAAGACAUGGGCUUUCAGGACCCAGAGGAACUGCAUGACUACAUGCGCAGGAUAAAGGAAAUAGCCUGAUAUGGCUAUGUGCUUUCUAAAGACGUUCCUUUCUACUUUUCUCUCUUAAUUUUCACUCUAGUGGAGGUACAUUUGACAAGAAAAACAACCAAGGCCUAGUGUCCAGUUUUGUUGGGGUUUUCUGCACAGUGCUGUUUCCCUUACACAUUUACAAUUGUACAAACUAAAAAAUAUUAAUGACGCUGCCAGGGAAGCCAAAGACGAGUCGGGAUUCUAGCAAAAAUGGCUGUAGCGGUAUGUAUGAUUGCUGCUCAGUAGAAGGGUGACUAUACAAUCUUUAAAGGAUAUCCAAAUGGAUUCCAUAAGUACUCAAUCUGUGUGGAUCACCCUACUGUGGAUAGGAUCUUUCUCAGAGGAAUGCCUGGAGUCUUGGCACUGUGUCCAUUCUUCUUCUUCUCUUUUUUUUUUAAUUCAACAGAUUCUUCUCUAACAAAGAGGCCUUUGAAGUGCAGAUUCUACUUUUGUCCCAAAUUUGUUUUUGAGAUGGAUCAUUUUCACGCCAUAGUUGAUAAACCUGACACUUAGCCACCGAAACUGUCAGGGACGUUCAUGAGAACGUGCCAUGGAUUCUUUGUCAGUGUUGUAACUGUUGAAUGGUUUAUCCCCUUACCCCUCUUUUCAGCAUUAUCUUGGUUCAACACAUGCCUUGGCUGCUGAAUUAGUUUUUCAUCUGUCUUUGGUAAUUCAUAGUCAUUCUCAAUAUGGAUGCCACCUUUGCUUCUCUAACUGUCUUGGUUAAGUCUCAUGCCUUAUUAAACGGAUCUCAAUAGUAA